UCUCUUGCUACUUAGCUUUUACACUUUUCUUGCAUAAUACCGGCAGGGAGUAGACCAACAAAUGCUAAUAUGCUUGGAUAUCUGUUUGUUUAAUUAGAUGGUUCUCUCAGAUAUGAUGUUUUUGUUUAGAGUAAAAUAUUUAGACAUAAUCUUAUAUUCUACCUUAUUUGUUUGUCGAAUAUGAUUAUUAGACAUAAUCUCAGAUAUGAUUAUCUUCCUGCCCAUACAAAACUGAAGAUUUGGUUGUCGGACACAUAAGUAAUGGACCUUGUGAUUUCUUAAAGCUGAUGUCCCCACUAGAUGAAAUUAUACUUUUCUUAUGCUUGAAAGAGCUAUGAAAUUCCGUGAUGCUUUUGAUAGAUUGCAUGAAUGUGAUAGCUCUUACAAGUUUUUUACCUUCCAAUGAGGACUGGCAGCAUAUUCAGUGUGUAGCAGAUUGCCUCAAGGUUUUUUAUGAGGUUACAAAAAGAGUUUCAGGCACAAAAUAUCCCACUUUAAGUCUGUACUUUAAUGAUUUCUGUGGAAUUUAUCUUUUUCUCCAGGACUGGCAGUUCGGUGUUGAUACAUUUGUUGCAUCAAUGGCUGUACCAAUGGUGGAUACGUUUGAGAAAUAUUGGGACAUUGCAAAUAAAUUAUUAGAAAUUGCAACAAUUCUUGACCCUCGCUACAAAAUGAAAUCCAUUGAGUAUUACUAUAAAUUGCUUUAUGAUCCAUUUGUGGCUGAUCUAAGAAUUGAAUCUGCAAGAAAAUCAUUUCUUGAGUUGUUUAAUGAAUAUGCAAGUCAACCCUCCCAACCAUCAUCAGAUGGUAACUCAUCAAGGAAUUCUGAGGCAACAAUACCUAGUUCAACACAGUCAUCAUCUAGUUUGCUUGCAACCAGAUUGGGACUAGAGAGGUUUAUAUAUGAGAACAAUUCAAGUCGUCAUAGUAAAUCAGAGUUGGAGAUUUAUCUUGAAGACCCGUCUUCUCCUGGAAUUGGCGAUAGUUCUUUUGAUAUUCUGGCUUGGUGGAGAGUUAAUGGCCCAAAAUAUCCAAUCAUUUCUCGGAUGGCUCGUGAUAUAUUGAGUGUUCCACUUUCAACCGUGGUCUCUGAGUCAAUUUUCAGUUCUGCUAAGAGAAUACUUGAUGAUUAUCGCUGCAACCUACUCCCAGAAACAAUUGAGGCUAUAAUGUGUUCACGUGAUUGGCUGAAGGGUCACAUACCAGCCGAGCCUAGGGGUGUUGAAGUUGACAUACCUACUUAUGAAUCAUCUCUACCAACAAAAAGUCAAGAAGAUCAAAAUGAUGAUGAUUAAGGAGCAGGACAAGGUCCCCAUAAAGAUCUGCAGGUGUCUAAGUGCUUUGCUGAUGGUGUGGAGCAGAGUACAAACGUUAUUUUUUCUGUUAUCAUGUACUCUACUAAUGGGAUCAAAAGAUUGGUCAAUGCUCAUAUAAACAAUGAAGCAAUCAAUCUCUAGUGUUAGGGAUCAGAAUUUGUUAACUGCACUGAUCAACUUCACUUCACGGCUUGAAUGUAGCUGACUAGUCUAGUUUGUUUACCCA